AUAUGCGAUUGGGAUGGCCAUAUAGCACAUUGUUGCGUAUGACUACAAUCUUCGCGCGAUUUUUCUUUGUAUUGGCCUCCUUUGUCUUGAUAAAACAUCAGCCACGAGGAUGCUCUCACAACACUCAGGACUAUUCUUCAGAAUAGUAAUUUUGGUUGGCAUUAAUUUCCGAUUUUCACCAUAAAUUGAUAAAGUAUCCAAUCAAAACCAUGGUGAUUGUAUGUCACAUUCUCUUGGUGAUGAUAUCGGCGAUCAUUUCAGUUUAUGCCAACACCACAAGCACGAAUUUCGUCACCAUCAAACAAUGCGAAGACUUGACCAAUCUCAACCAAUCCACAGCUGUUCAAGAAAUACCAUGCAUCUACCAUAUCACCGACAACCAGACCGUUUUCCAACUGAACUGCUUGGUGUACGUGGCGAUGCCGGAGGUUUCUCUCUCUUGGACGACCAACGGAACCAACAUCGGGACGUACCUGACGUUUACGAUCGAAGAUCGAGAAGACGGGACGUUUGACCAGAUGCUGACGAUGACAGGGUCUGUGAAUGAGACUAAGAAUGGUACUGUCUUUACCUGUGUGGCUGAAGGAUUGUCUGUUUGUGGACUUGCGAACAGUUCAGUUAUAUUCAUCAAGACUGAACAUCAAUCUGAAGUUCCAAGUCAUGAGCCGACAGGCUCUACAAAUCUACUUGCACUAAAAAUCGCCCUACCGAUUGCGGUAGGAUUUGCAGCAACCGUUAUUGUGGGAUUUUUCGUCUGGAGAAAUCUGAGGCAUAAAAGACAGGAUCAAAGAAUACCCGACUCUGACGAAGGUGAAGAACUCUGCGUAUGAAGAGGGAUGAAAACAAUAUACAGGAAAAUUUCUUAAUUUCUUCACAAGCACAUAAGUUUUGAGAAAAUGUUGAGUGUAUAUUGUCAUUGCUCAAUCAUGUCUAUUAUAAUGUAUUUAUAAUAUCUUAGCUUAAUCAAAAUGUUUAUACAAUAAACCAGCUUUAACAAAAUUAGCUUGAAAUAUUAACAAUUAUGUACACAAUUUUAUGGAGAUAGUAAUCUUGAAAAAUAAACAGUUUGCACCUGUCGACAAUUUUUAUCAAAUUGAUAUUUGACUCCAUAUUGUAAAUACAGCUGCUUAUUUCGUUCACUUUC